UUUGAUGAUGUGGCAACUGAUGUAAGUGGAGGCUAUGACUCUCUGCAGGACGCAGCGAACUCUGCACCUGAUCAGGGCAAGGACCGUUACGUGAUGUAUGUUAGGAACGGGACAUAUCAAGAAAAUGGCGUUGGUAAAAUGAAGACCAAUGUUGUGACAGUUGGUGGCGGAAUGAAUUCUACCAUCAUAAUGGUUAACCUUAACGCCGUUGAUGGAACAACGACUAUUAACUCUGCUACAUUGGGUACCGCUGCGGUGGGGUAUGGAAUCGUACUGCAAGACAUACGCAUUGAGAACUCAGCAAGACCCGAGAAGCACCAAGCUAUCGCGCUCCGCCAAGGAGCUGAUGGGUCAGCCAUAAACCGAUGCCAACUCAGGGGUUACCAGGACACUCUCUACGCUCACUCUCUUCGUCGAUUUUAUUGAGACAGCCUGAUAUCAGGCACAGUUGACUUCAUCUUUGGCAAUGCAGCAGUUGUGUUCCAAGAUUGCAGCCUCAUUGCUAGACUGCCCAUGAGCUUCCAGCAGAACCUAGUGACCGCUCAAGGACGAACAGACCCAAACCAGAAGACAGGGACUUCAAUUCAGAACUGUUGGGUGAUUCGUAGCCCUGAUCUCAUUCCAAUGGCGGCAUCUACACCGACAUAUUCAGGCAGACCAUGGAAGAAUUUCUCGAGGACAGUGCACCUGCAGUCGUACAUUGAUGCUCACAUAAAUCCUAAGGGCUGCAGGUUAGAAUGGGAUGGGAACUUUGCACUGGAUACAUUGUACUAUCAUGAGUGUGAGAAUGAAGGGCCAAGAUCUGGGCUCGCUGGCAGGGUUAGCUGGACUGGUUAUAAUGUGAUCACUGAUCCAGAAGUGGCAAAGAGUUUUACCGCUGCAGAGUUGAUACAAGGAGGUAUGCGGUUUGGAGUCUGUGGGGUGGCAUACGUUGAAGGUCCGCGAUAUGAAAUGGAUUGAAAUAAUGGCUUCCUCAAGUUCUGUAUUGUAUUUCUUGAAGGCUUGGCCUAAAAUUUCUUAACAGAACUAUGACUUUUUCUUUUAUUUAUUUCUUUCUUUU